CGGAGCGUUUAGGUUUGUACACAGGAAGUAAAUCCAAGUCAGCCAGUCAGACAGUAAAGUAGCUUGUAAUUCGCUAGUAACGUUUUAAGUGUUAUUUGAUCAGUAAACAUUAUAUAAGCUAUCCUUUUGAAUUGUAGUCCAUUUUUAUUCAAGAUGCUGAUCAAAGUUAAGACUCUCACUGGAAAAGAAAUAGAGAUCGACAUUGAGCCCACAGACAAGGUGGAGCGAAUUAAAGAAAGGGUGGAGGAGAAGGAAGGGAUCCCACCACAGCAACAGAGACUCAUCUACAGUGGAAAACAGAUGAAUGACGAGAAGACCGCUGCAGACUACAAGAUCCAGGGAGGAUCGGUGCUCCAUCUUGUGUUGGCGCUAAGAGGCGGCUCAACGCUCCACAGGCCCUGCAUACACCUCUCCUCCUCGUCAUGAGUCGCUGUUGUCAUGGGGCCAGCUGAGUGCCAACGCUUUAGGUGUCUGUCACCGUCUAACCUUGUUUCAGCACAGAGAUCUGAAAUCCCACGUUCCCGGGCCAACGCAAACAAAACCCCAAAAAAUCAACCAACAACGGCAAAAACAAAAGAGAAAAAAAGGACUUUCUGAUUCCUUUGUAGAUGUUUUUUUUGUAAACCCACAUUAGCUUUCUGAGUUUGACCAUUUGAUGCAGGCACCCAUGCAGUACAAAAGACAGUUUGAAAACACUGUCGUCUUUUUUGCUUGUGAAUAAAUGCUGAAGUUGA